AUGACCAUCAACCCUACCUACCUUGCGCAACGGACGCGUUCCUCUCUGAACUUGAACGAUGCGAAGUUCCGAGUCCUUAAGUCUUACCGGGAGUGGUUGCGCGCCGUCAGUUUACCCCAGAUACCCAGACCCACGUCCCGACCAAUCGUUGCGGGAGAUAUGUCCCCCGAAAUCCAGACCAUGUACUCUUUGAACAUGCCCGUGUCCGUCAUCCGUACCAAGAUUCGCCAGGAAUUUGAGAAGCACCGCUACGUCAGCCAGUUGAGCGUCAUUGAUGUUCUGCUCUACCAGAGCCACGCUGAGUUCCAGGAAACCCUUAACUACUGGAAGCAGCUGUCUCACGUUAUGAAGUACUUCCGCGCCGAAGAAGACCCUGGCGCCCGACUACCGCGCAACUUCGUUUCGGGCUUCUUGGAGGGCCGCAAUUGA